AUGGUUACAAAUAUAGAUGAGGGAAUACUUCUUGGUGUAGGAAAUCCUUUAUUGGAUAUGGAAACUACUGUUGAUCAAGAAUUUCUCAAAAAGUAUAAAUUAAAAUCAAAUGAUGCCAUAUUAGCUGAUGAAAGUCAUGAAGCACUUUUUCAUGAAUUGGAAUCAAUGGAAGACAUUGCAUAUAUUCCCGGAGGAUCAUGCCAAAAUUCUCUUAGAGUAUGUCAAUGGAUUGUUAAAGGAGAAAAAGCUUGUACUUUCUUUGGUACUAUUGGAGAUGAUAAGAAUGGUGAAACAUUACAAGAGAAGGCAAUGCUUUCAGGUGUUAAUGUUAAAUAUCAAAUUAAUUCAACUGUAAGAACUGGAAGAUGUGCUGCAUUAAUCAAUGACACCCAUAGAUCAUUGGUUGCAGAUCUUGGUGCUGCUAACACAUUUACUAUAAAUCAUCUUGAAGAAGAUAUUAAUGUUUCCUUAAUUAAUAAGGCAAAGUUUUUCUACAUAUCCGGAUUUUUCCUUACUGUUUGCCCACCAGCUGUUCAAAAAAUUGCUGGGCAUGCUGCAGAUAAUAACAAAAUUUUAUGUAUGAAUUUGUCUGCACCUUUCAUUUGUCAAUUUUACAAGGAUCCUUUAAAUGCAGCUUUACCAUAUGUUGAUAUUUUAUUUGGUAAUGAAACAGAAGCUUUAACUUAUGCUGAAGCCAAUGAAUAUGGAACUGAAGAUUUGAAAGAAAUUGCAUUAAAACUUUCACAACACACAAAAAUUAACAAUGAAAGAAAACGUAUUGUUAUCAUAACUCAAGGACAUGAACCUGUAAUUGUAUGUAAUGAAGGUAAGAUAACAGAACAUAAUGUUGAUCUUUUGUCAAAAGAGAAGAUUAUUGAUACUAAUGGUGCUGGAGACGCUUUUGUUGGAGGGUACCUUUCACAAUUAAUUCAAGGAAAAGAUAUUGAAGAAUGUAUUAGAUGCGCUAAUUUUGCUGCCAGUACAAUUAUUCAACAUCAUGGAUGUACAUUUCCAACUGAAUGCAGUUAUAAGCAAAAUAAUAGUAACUAA